CUCACGUGCCCAAGCCAUAGACGAUUCAGCCAUUGCCUUGUGAACUUGUGUCACAACCAGAGGAGCCGGCCAGACUAGGCUACCACCAUGAGCCACCGCCACAUGGGCAACCCAAGGGAAAGGCCUGUCACACUGCGUCGGAAACAGGCCUCCUCUUCCUCCUCUCGGCUUGGUGACAAGACAGAGAACAAAAUGGUUGGGAAAGUUAUGAGAGACAGUUGGAGGGAUAGGCUGUCUUUCCCAUUUAAGGACACUGCCGCCCUCUUGCAGCCAUUCUCUCUCUCUCUUUCUCUCUCUCUACACAGGCACAGGGGCGCGCGCACAUACACAAUUACACAUACGCACCCAGCAAAAAUCUUGGCGUUUCUCGCGGUCCUACCCCGUCCUCCCCCUGCAUUCCCUCCCCUCUCCUCUGAAGAAGAAGAUGGCCAGGUGUCAGAGGCUUCAAUGUUCUCCUCAGGUUGUGGGUGUCCAAGAAGCGCAGACGACAAGAGCAAGAACAAUGGCUUCUUCAGCCUUGGAUUGAUGAGGUGCCCAGAGGAAGCAUAAUAAAGGGGAGCAAGCUAGCCAGUGUUCCUCCUCCAAGCUAGUAUUCAUUCUCUCUCAAGCUCAAAGCUCCUCCCUGUCGAGCCUCUUUUUCUUUGCACUGCUAUUCCCUUGGCUAGCUCUUGUCUAGCCUUCUUGUUUCUCUCUCUCUCUCUCUCUCUCUCUCUCUCUCUCUCUCUCCUGCCAUGGAAUCCUCCUCCCAUAUCACUGGGGAUGCUGGCGAUGAGGGCUGCAACAGCAGCGAGUCUGGGUGGACAAUGUACCUGGCCUCACCCAUGCAUGGUGAUGAUAGUGGCGGCGGGAAAGGAAGUGGCAGUGAAGGAAGCAGUGUGGAUGAUGGCUAUGGUUACAUCAGUAACAGGAGAAGUGGCAAGAAGGCGUACGAUGAUUACGCUGAUGCUGACGACGAUGAUUCCCUGGCUUCUGAUGCUUCAACUGGGCCAGCUAAAGUGACGGUGCCUUCCCUGCCGGAAGGAGGCAAAGAAGAAGAUGAAGGCCAUGGAAAGAGCAGCGGCGGCCGCGGUAAGGAAGAGGAGCAAGAAGAAGAUGAGGUGCGUACCAAGUUCUCGACGAGCCCCCGCAAGAAAGCCGGAAAGGCCGAGAAAGGAGGAGAAGGCAAGUCAUUGAGGAGAGGCCAUAGCAAGAGAGGCAGUUCCUCGAGAACAAGCUUCUUCUGGUAAACGACCAAAUCACCAAAUGUAUUAGAAUCACUGUACUACCUGUACUACUACUAGAAUGCCUCAUGCAGCUUUUUGAUUGCUUGCUAAGAUCAAAUCCUUGUUAGGAGCAUGCAUGGAGAUCAAAGGUAAGGCUUUUUUUGGUCCUUUUUUUUUUGCCUUCCAUGGUGUUCUCCCCUCGUUGACCACCCAGUAUUAGGUUUUUUUUCGAAGAACCACCCAGUAUUAGGUUAGCUGCUACCAUGUAAAUCAACUGUAACCUUUGGGUUUUUUUCUUCAAUGCCCUGCUUUUAAUGUUGCUUGCAGAACUUGCAAUCUUCUCCUCUGUUCCUAGAUAUUAAUGAACACUGCUCUAGCUCAGAACCUACUAGUACAUACUGACCAGAUGGAUUUGAGGAUUUCCUCAAGUUAUUGGCACUGAAGCAUGAAUGGAGAUAACAGUAAACAAAAAAAAAUUAAGUCACUUCAAUUGUCUGAACUUCCCUGGUAUCUAUAGUGUCAGGAAUGUGUGUGCAUAUUCUGUGACAA